UUAGAAUUUUAAAUUUUGUUCUCUCUAACGGUAGAAGAAUCUAAACACCUUUGAAGUUUCUUUUGUAUGCUCUGUUUUUGUACUUUGUACUUCAAAAAGCUAUCUCUAUUUAUACUUCUUCUCCAUCAAUCAUUUUUCUCCAUCAAAUUAACAUCCAUGGCUAAUUCGUUUCAUAAUUCAUCCUUCUUCCUACUUCUCUGUUUCUUGCAUUUCGUACUCGUCGCCAAAUCGCAGUCAUUUAUUGGUAUAAAUUAUGGCCAAGUUGCGGAUAAUCUACCGGCACCGGAGGCAACAGCCAAGUUACUACAAUCAACUUCAAUUCAAAAAGUCCGGUUAUACGGAUCCGACCCGGCAAUUAUCAAAGCUUUAGCAAAUACCGGUAUCGGAAUCAUGAUCGGAGUAGCCAACGGUGAUAUUCCGGCGAUGGCAUCAGACCCGAACUUUGCUAAAGGAUGGCUGAGUUCAAACGUGCUUCCGUUUUAUCCGGCGAGUGAAAUUAUUGUAAUUAACGUCGGAAAUGAGGUUAUGUCUUCAAAUGAUCAGAAUCUGAUGACGAAUUUGUUGCCGGCGAUGCAAAAUUUACAAAAAGCCCUAAAUGAUGUUUCAAUUGGAGGGAAAGUUAAGGUGUCGACGGUUCAUUCUAUGGCGGUUAUGAAGCAAUCGGAUCCUCCGUCUUCUGGAAAUUUCGACCCGAAUAUUGGGGAUUUGUUGAAAGGAUUGUUGGAGUUCAAUAAAGCUACUGGUUCUCCUUUCGCCAUUAAUCCUUAUCCGUUUUUCGCUUAUCAGAGUGAUCCUAGACCUGAUACUUUAGCUUUUUGCUUGUUUCAACCUAAUGCUGGUCGAGUUGAUGCUGGCACCAAGAUUAAGUACACCAACAUGUUCGAUGCUCAGGUGGAUGCAAUAAGAGCAGCGCUUAACGCUAUGGGAUUCAAGGAAGUAGAGAUUGUGAUUGCGGAAACAGGGUGGCCUUAUAAGGGAGACAGCAAUGAAGUUGGUCCAAGUAUUGAGAAUGCAAAGGCUUACAAUGGCAAUUUGAUUGCUCACUUGAGGUCAAUGGUUGGUACUCCUUUGAUGCCUGGCAAAUCAGUAGAUACCUAUCUCUUUGCCAUAUAUGAUGAGGAUCUCAAACCAGGACCAACUUCUGAGCGAUCCUUUGGACUUUUUAAGCCUGAUUUAACCAUGAGUUAUGAUAUUGGACUUUCUAAAGCCAACAACCAGGUUCCAACACCAAAAACUCCGGUGUCUCCCUCGCCAAAUGCAUCCCCAAAAGCUCCUGUGUCUCUGUCACCAAAUCCAGCACCAAAAGCUCCGGUGACUCCCACACUGGUUCCAACGCCAAACACCACAGUGACUCCCCCGUCACCAAAGACAGAGAAAAGUGUCAAGGCAGGUGUAUCAGAUUCUCAAUUGCAAGCAAAUAUCAACGUAGGGAUGCUUGUUUUGAGCCAAAUACUGUGGUACCCCAUGCUGCAUAUGCGAUAAAUCUCUUUACCAAAAUUCAGUAAAGAAUGUUUGAACUGACAGCAUCUCUCUCAUCAACGUGUCCUAGUAAGCUGCUGAUCAGUUUUGUCUUCUGUCGGGGAAUGUUAGUAGCUCAGUUGGUUGGUUACCUGCAACUUUUACUUUGUUGGUGAAAGUUCAAUUCCCCACCUUGUAAUCUCCUCCCCUGUCUCCCCUUCCCGUACCCUAGUUAUCCAAGAGAGAAUUAAGUACUUGAGAGCAGAGGCAAUUUGUAAUAUCAUGUAGGAUAGCUUUUGUGAAAAUGUUUUCCUCUUGUUCUUGGUAUUGUGAAGUGGAUGGGUUAUAUUUUGCGUGAAUAAAUCGAUCACGCAAAAUACAGAUUCUAUUACAUGUUAAAGGAAUUGUGAUGUUUUGGUUGCUUUUA